UGAUAAAAAAGCAGGUGAAUACUUUCUUUUUAUAAUGUGUCCAAGUGAAAGAAUGGAAGGAUGCUACAAAAAAGCAUGGCAGUUCCAAACUCGGUCAUCAUCAUAAUUAUCUGCUGUGGUAUGGUAACAGGCGCAUUCAACCAAACCCCUACAUUUUGGCUCACAAACAAACAUGAAAGUCACCCCCACCUUAGAGUGAAAAGAACAGAGUCCCCAGUUUCUCUUCCAGUUCAGUGUCCAACAACACAAGUCAAUGCGAGCAGAAUUUGUGAAGGUGUUAAUAGCACUGCCCUGCAAUUGUAUUUGGCAAAUGGACAGGUCCCUUGUAACUUCACUCUGGAGCAUUAUGCCUGUGCAGAGCUCUCAGAAUUCUUUGGAGAGCAACUGGCCCAACUCCUGUUGUGUGAUCUGUCCAGCAACAUGAGCCACUCCAGGGAGAUUUGGAAGCUCCUCUUCACCAAGACCUCGGUUGGCUAUGGAUAUCUCAGUAGCCUCUACUACUACAUGGUCCCCAGCUUGCCUCUGAUAGUCAUGAGUCCAUCUGUGACUCAUGUCCUGGACGUCCUUGGGGAGCUCCAUUUGAACUUGAUCAGUGACCUGCAAUGGAAAGACAUCAGUUUAAUAUCCAUUAUAUUUGGUCAAAGCCUGCGUCCAUUUUUACCUUCAGCCUCUGCAAGCCUUCUGCAGUGUGUCAGCAGCAAGAACCUUACGUGUGAAACUUACCAGCACAUUUUGAGUGAGCUGAGUUAUGGGUUUGAUCAUCUGGGAGAACACCAGGCAGAGAGGGUCCUGAGAUUCUUCAUCAUGCCUUUCCUGUUCAGAAACUCAACAGACUCUGGAUGUAUCUCUAACAACAGCACAGCUUGGCUAAUUGACAACUUUGGUCCAUUCACUGUCCUUAUCCAACUCAAAAGUCUAUUUGAUCUCAAUACGCACUUUGAUCCACUGGCAGUGUUGGAUCUUCUCAGUCCUAAGCAGAAAGCUGAAUUAAUGGUUCUGCCCCUCCCUCAUCCCCAAGGGAAAGGUGAAGUUGUCACCAGAGUGUUGGAUCACCUUCUGAAGUCACCAGUAGAGAGGAAUCUUCCAGAAGUUCUAAAUCAGACCAUCUUGCUGGCAAAACAGAAUGAAGCACCUUGUGAGUUUUUUCAAGCAAUGCUGGAUGGAUCUCUUACUUUAGCACCAGGAACUCAGGAAUCCAUCAUCAGAGGAGCUAUGGAACAACUGCUCCUCCUCAGUCCAAAUGAUUGCCUAGUGUCUAAGUGUCUUAGAACACCAAUCAAUGAGAGCCAAAUAUGUGAUGGAGUAAACAGCACUGCCCUGCAGUCAAAUCUGGUGGCUGGACUGGGCCUCUGCAACAUCAAUCUGGAGCAUUAUGCCUGUGCACAACUUACAGGAUUCACCGAAAUACACCUGGCCCAGCUCCUGGUGUGCGAACUGUCCAGCAACAUCACUUACUCCAGGGAGACCUGGAAGUUGCUCCUCACCAAGACCAUUGCCAUUCUGGAUGGAGCUCUCAUCCUCUUCUCCAACAUAGUCUCCAGCUCGUCUCUGACAGUCAUGGGUUCAUCUGUAACUCAUGUCCUGGAUGUGCUUGGGGAGCUCCGUUUGGACUCGAUCAGUGACCUACAGUGGAAAGACAUCAGUUUCAUCUCCUUACUGUUUGGUGAAAGCCUGCGUCCAUUUUUACCAUCAGCCUCUGCAGGCCUUCUACUGUGUGUCAGCAGCAAGAACCUCUCGUGUGAAACUUACCAGCACAUUUUGGGUGAGCUGAGUCAUCCGUCUGAUUACAUGAGAGAAAACCACUCAGAGAAUGUACUGAAAUUCUUCAUCCAGCCUUUCCUGUCCAGAAACCCAUCAUGUCCUACAGAAGUGUACACAUAUGAGAUUGAUCUUGUGAUGAGAACAGUAGAUGCUGACCAACUAAAGAUGGAGUUGUCUGAACUUGACCUUCCUCUCCCGCUCGCAACUGAACAAAUUGAUAUCACUAACAUCAAUGUCACAACAGUGUGUUACUCAAACACGAGUGGAUAUCGGUGUGUCUGUGAGGAGCAGUAUGCCUGGCCCCAUGACAGGUGUAUCACUUAUGGAGCCUGUGAUGAGUUCAGCGAAGGCACCUGUGGAUGUCUUAAUGGUUUACCGACAAAUGGGCCGUUCUGCCAGAGAGAUGUAAACGAAUGCGACUUUGAUCCAUGUGGUCUGAACUCCACCUGUGCCAACACCAUUGGCAGCUACAACUGUUCUUGCUGGAGAGGAUACACUCCAAGAAACACAUCUUUGCCCAUUGACACCAGCAAUCCAUGCAUAGAUAUAAAUGAAUGUGACUUUGAUCAGUGUGGUCCAAACUCCAACUGCUCCAACAUCAUUGGCAGUUACAACUGCUCUUGCUGGGUAGGAUACACUCCAACAAGCUCAUCUCUGCCUAUUAGCGGCAGCAACCCAUGCAUAGGUCCUACAGAACUGUACACAUUUGAGUUUGAUAUUGUGAUGAGAACAGUAGAUGCUGACCAACUAAAGAUGGAGUUGUCUGAACUUGACCUUCCUCUCCCACUCGCAACAACUGAACAAAUUGAUAUCACUAACAUCAAUGUCACAACAGUGUGUUACUCAAACACAAGUGGAUAUCGGUGUGUCUGUGAGGAGCAGUACACCUGGCCCCAUGACAGCUGUAUCACUUAUGGAGCCUGUGAUGAGUUCAGCGAAGGCACCUGUGGAUGUCUUAAUGGUUUACCGACAAAUGGACCGUUCUGCCAGAGAGAUGUAAACGAAUGCGACUUUGAUCCAUGUGGUCUGAACUCCACCUGUGCCAACACCAUUGGCAGCUACAACUGUUCUUGCUGGAGAGGAUACACUCCAAGAAACACAUCUUUGCCCAUUGACACCAGCAAUCCAUGCAUAGGUUCAACAACCACCCGUUCACCAUUGUCAACAAUGACUCCUGGCACCAACAACAUUGUCACAACAACAAUGGCACCAUCAACACUGUCAACACCAUCAAAACCAAAAUCAACACUGCCAACGCAGGAGUCAACACGACAUACACCACCACCACCACCACCACCACAAUCAACAGAACAAGCACCGCCACCAGGAACUUUUUCUACCAUCAAUUUGUCUUUGACAAUUCAGAGUAACUAUGAUUUCCGCUUCAAUGACCCAACAAGUCAGAUAUACAACAGAUAUAAAACAGAUAUUGAAAAUGCAGUAGAAGACAAUUCUGAUAAAUUACCAGGUUACAAGGUCAACUCAGCUAAUGUCAGAGGUUUUAGAUCAGGUAGCAUUAUUGCAGAUUUUUCUCUUCAGUUAUCGAAUCCAAGAAUCAUUUUUCUGGAUGCAAGCAUUGGCAUCAUAAAUAACCUAAAAGCAAAAAAUUAUAAAUUUCCUGACAACCCCUUUGCUCAAACUGAAAGACGAAAUUUGAGUGGUAGCACAGGCUCUCUUUUUCCUGGGGAGCAAAUGGUGCUUAACUGCAAUGGAACAAUAACUGAAUGGAGAUUCAAUGGGCAGACACUUUCUGGUGCUUCUGGUGAAAUAUUCAGUAUAACAAAUGUUAAUCCAGCUGAUAAUGGACGCUAUGAGUGUGUAUCAACAAAAAACUCAGUGCCAUUUAUACGGUGGGAAACCAUUGAUCGCAUAAAACCAUUUCCAAUCAUUCAGACAAGUCAGGACAAAGGUUUUCAGUGUGAGGUGGGGCAAAAAGUGACCUUACAGUGUUGUUCAAGCCCAGACUAUGGGGUUGAGAUGGUGAAAGUGGAUGAUGUCGACAGCUAUCUCCAAGACCAAGCAUCAGUGGAGGAUUGCACAUAUUCCUACAUUAUACAGAACUGCGGUGGCAAUUCAGGAAAUGUUGUAUUCAACUGCAAAUUAAAAAAUGCAAAUUUGCAGAGCUUUGAUUACAGUUCAAGACGUAUAACCAUAACUUUUGAAAACAAAGAGUUUGAUUGUUCCAAUGAGAGCUUUGGGGCUGGAAAUGUUAGCCAGGUGGCUGAAGGGAACUGUAAAGAUGAUGAAGUUGGUAGUAUCACAGCAGAAUGUCAAGGAACUGAUUGGAAGAUAAUAGAAGACAAUUGUGUUUUGUUUGUGAUCAAAGAACUGGAAGAGGAAUCAGAGUUUUUGACAGCAGAAACCCUACUAGAGUUUGUGGACAGAUUAAGUCGCGUUACAGCAGAAAAUGAAGAACGGAUAACCAACUCAACAGCAAAUAUUGAAAGCAUCGUAAAUACCCUGAGUAAUGUUGGAAACGUUUCACGGGCCUUAACAAUCAGUGGGGAAAUUAUACAGGAUUUCCUCAACACCUCAUCUGUCAUUGUGUCCAAUUCUACCAUCAAUGCCUGGAGUCGUAUAAAUAACGGCAAUGCAACAAGGAAUGUCAGUGCAUCUUUUUUGGGUUCUGUUGAAGAUAUAUCAGGAUCCCUGGAAGGGGAUACGUCUUUCGAAACAGGAACAGAGAUUAUCCAGCUACGCCAAACUCUUGUCAACAGCUCAUUCAGUGGGACACUAGGAGCAGAUUCAUCUGCUGCAAUCUUCAUCCCUGAGGAGGGGAACUUUACAAUUACAACCAUCACAUUCUCUACCCUAAAUAAUGUCCUACCAGCCAGGAAUAGUAGUGACAAUGAUAGCAGUUUAUCCAACUUCAUCAAUGGAGCUGUUGUUCUAGUGCAAGUGAAUGACACAAUCAACAACAUCUCGCUAAGCUUUGACCUUAUUAAUGAAACACUAGGAGAUCCUCAGUGUGUCUUUUGGAACUUUGAGCUUUUUGAUGGAUUUGGUGGAUGGGAUUCAUUUGGAUGUGAGCUCAUAUCGUUCAAGAAUAACACUGUCACUUGUGAAUGCAACCACACAACAUCCUUCUCAAUUCUAAUGUCACCGUCUAUUCCUCCUGGCAUAAAAUUGUUGCUGGAUUUCAUCACAUACAUUGGUGUGGGUAUAUCCCUUGCCAGCUUGAUCAUAUGUCUGAUCAUUGAAGGAGUCGUAUGGAAGAGCAUGACCAGAAAUGACACGGCUUAUAUGCGGCAUGUCUGUGUGGUGAAUGUUGCUGUGUCACUUCUGAUCGCUGAUAUCUGGUUUAUUAUAGGGGCAGCUAUCGCAGACUCUGAAUCAACAGCUGUUGGACCAUGUACAGCAGCAACCUUUUUCAUCCAUUUCUUUUACUUAGCGUUGUUCUUCUGGAUGUUGGUGUCUGCUCUGCUACUUUUUUAUCGCACUGUCAUGGUUCUCUCACAGAUGAAGAGGUCAACAAUGUUGGCAAUUGCAUUCAGCCUUGGCUAUGGUGCCCCCCUCAUAAUCGCCGUGGUAACUGUUGCUGCAACUGCCGGAGGUGGAGGUUACAUCCGAGAGAACCAAAUCUGCUGGCUCAACUGGAAUGAGACUAAAGCACUUCUGGCUUUUGUGAUUCCAGCAUUGACCAUUGUGGCCAUAAACCUUCUAGUGAUGAUUGUUGUUCUCUACAAAAUGUUGAUAAGGGGUGUUGGAAACACAAAACAGAUUGAUGAAAAAAAUGCCCUAGAGGUCAUUGCAAGAUGUGUCAUCAUCUUAACCCCCCUCUUUGGACUUACCUGGGGAUUUGGCAUAGGCCUCGUGAUUGCACCUGAAGCAGUAGGACUGCAUGUUGUUUUUGCAGUUUUGAAUUCUUUACAGGGGUUUUUUAUUUUGGUGUUUGGAACUCUGUUGGAUGGCAAGAUCAAGUCCGCUUUAGUAGAAAUACAACUCUCUACCUCAGGUGGUACAAGGAGCACAAAUGUUGGGACAUCCUCAUCAAAUGCACUUGAUUUCUUUAGAAGGAUUAAAAGGAGAAAUGUGUACAAUGUCUCGGGGGCUCCUGUAUCUUCAGGUUCUGCUACUUUAAGCCAUACUUAGUGUGACUGACUACACUCUGUACACUUUAUAUUUAGCAAUAUUUAGAGUUAGCAAUUCACUAAUAUUAUUCAAAUGUGUAAUACUCUAAUUACAAAUAAAACUGAUGUCACAUUUUAUACUACUGAGAAUAAAUAAUGUCAGUGCUUA